AUGGUGGCAGAAAAAGAGACCCUGGGCUUAAACAAAUGCUCAGACAAGAUGCCGAAGAGGAGGACCAAGCUGCUGGCACAACAGCCGCUCCCGGUGCACCAGCCUCACUCCCUGGUUUCUGAGGGCUUCACAGUCAAAGCCAUGAUGAAAAACUCAGUCGUGAGAGGCCCUCCCGCUGCAGGGGCCUUUAAGGAGAGACCCACCAAGCCUACAGCCUUUCGCAAGUUUUAUGAGCGCGGAGACUUCCCCAUUGCCCUUGAGCACGACUCGAAAGGAAACAAAAUAGCCUGGAAGGUGGAGAUCGAGAAGCUGGAUUACCACCACUACCUGCCUCUGUUUUUCGACGGGCUGUGUGAAAUGACCUUCCCCUACGAGUUCUUCGCUCGGCAAGGGGUCCACGACAUGCUGGAACACGGGGGCAACAAGAUCCUCCCUGUCGUUCCGCAGCUCAUCAUCCCGAUCAAAAAUGCCUUGAACCUCCGGAACCGGCAGGUCAUCUGCGUCACCCUCAAAGUCCUCCAGCACCUGGUGGUGUCGGCCGAGAUGGUGGGCGAAGCCUUGGUGCCCUAUUACCGGCAAAUCCUCCCCAUCCUGAACAUCUUCAAGAACAUGAACGUGAACUCGGGAGACGGCAUCGACUACAGCCAGCAGAAGAGGGAGAACGUCGGCGACCUCAUCCAGGAGACCCUGGGGGCCUUCGAGCGCCACGGAGGGGAGGACGCCUUCAUCAACAUCAAGUACAUGGUCCCCACCUACGAGUCCUGCCUGUUGAACUAG